UGCUGUCACUGCUUUGUUUAUGUUUUGACCAGUAGCACGUGCCGUGAAAAGAAAGUUUUUUUUUCGCAAAAAUUUUGCUUCGACCACAGACUUAAAAAUAAAUUAAUUGAUGAUGGAGCCCGGUAUAUGUUAUAUUAAAUCAGAAUUUUUAUUGGAAGAAGUAAAAAAGACAAUAAUUCCAACUGAAGAAAGCAACAAAAGAAAGAUUACAGAUGCUCCCGAGGAGGGUGAAGGUGCAGUAAACUCUAAAGAACCGAACGAUCAACCGGAAAACAAAUUUCAGAAGACUGGAAAAAAGGAACGCAAAAGAGGACAAAACAAGAAUCGCCCUGUCUACAAAGAUGACCGCACCACACAUCUAUGUAAUUCAUUGAUACAUGGACCCAGUGAGAAUAAAUGUUCCUUAGACAAUUGUCGUUAUGUUCAUGACCUGCAACAAUAUCUGUCUGCCAAAGGAGAAGAUCUUGGCGAGAAAUGCGUGGUAUUUGAGGCAAAGGGUUUCUGUCCACGAGGUGUGACUUGCCGCUUUGCCAAAUCGCAUUUGGACAGUGAAGGCAGGAAUAUUAAAUCUGCCAGUUAUGAUGAGAAUGCACCUCCCACCACAUGCAAUGGCAUAACAUCGGAAUUACAAGUACGUUUGCGUAAACGCCAAUAUGAUUUCUCCAAGUCUAAAAAGUUUAUAAAAAUGGCCGAAGAAAUUCGAGAUAAAAGAAAACAAGAUAAACAAAGCAACGUUGCAGAAAAGAAGGUCGAAGCGAAUGAAAAAUUGGAAAGCGCAGAAAAUGGAAGCAAAAUCGAUGAAGAGAAGCCCUUGGGCUCCUGUACAGAUGAGGAGAGUAACGGUCAAGACAUUAAACGCCGGACACCUGUUGACUUUGUCGAUAAACUUGUAUUGUCUCCCCUCACCACAGUGGGUAAUUUACCUUUUCGCCGCAUAUGCAAAGAGUUUGGUGCGGACAUCACUUGUGGUGAAAUGGCCUGUUGUGUACCUCUGGUCAAGGGCAUGACUCAGGAAUGGGCCUUGACAAAACGUCAUGAAUCCGAAGAUGUUUUUGGUGUCCAAUUAUGUGGUAAUAAUCCCAAUAUUAUUGCUCAAACGGCCCAACUAAUGCAGGAGACAGCCAAAGUGGAUUAUAUCGACUUAAAUAUAGGAUGUCCCAUAGAAUUGAUUUAUCAACAGGGAGGCGGUAGUGCUUUGAUGAGAAGGACUAAUAUAUUAGAGCUUACAGUGAGAUCAUGCUCGAAUUUAAAUUCUCAAAUUCCAUUUACGGUAAAAAUGCGUACCGGUAUUUAUGCGGAUAAAAGUGUGGCCCAUGAAUUGGUGCCCUUGGUCGAGGAAUGGGGAGCAGCAGCUGUCACUUUACAUGGACGUUCUCGAGAGCAACGUUAUACCAGAAAUGCCAACUGGGAGUAUAUAGAACAGUGUGCAUCAAAAGCAAAGCAUAUGCCCAUAAUUGGCAAUGGGGAUAUAUUGAAUUUUGAAGACUACCUGGAAAAGAGGAAAAUGGCUCCCCAUGUAUCUUCCGUUAUGAUUGGCCGUGGUGCUUUAAUUAAGCCUUGGAUCUUCAAAGAAAUCAAAGAGCAAAAACAUUGGGAUCCCAGUUCAAAUGAACGUUUCGAUAUGAUGCGUAGAUAUGCCAACUAUGGUCUAGAACACUGGGGCUCCGAUACAAAGGGAGUGGAAAAUACACGAAGAUUUUUACUUGAAUGGCAGUCAUUUUUGUAUCGUUAUAUACCCUACGAUUUGAUGUUGCAUCCACCCCAGAAGAUCAAUCAAAGACCACAAACCUUUAGAGGGCGGGAUGAAAUGGAAACUUUAAUGAGUUCACCCAAUUCACAGGAUUGGGUUAAGCUAAGUGAAAUGUUAUUGGGUCCGGUACCAGAGGGUUUCACAUUUGUGCCCAAGCACAAAGCUAAUUCUUAUUGAAAGAGUGUGAGAGAAGAAAAUAUAUUAUGCACAAAAAAGCAUAUAUUUAAA